AUGGCUCCCACCACCGAUGAUGCAGCGGCACCCCGGGGCCCGCACCCUUCGUACAUUGAGGUUGCGGCGCCUUACCUCUUCGACCACACGAUCCAAUUGCGGCUCUCAUCACUGGGGAUGACCGAAGCAAAAGAAGACGCUGUGCGUCUGCAGGGCGUAUCCUGGAUCGACAAUGUCCGCCGCUCCCUCCAACUGCCCGUUAAGACGUUUAACACGGCCGUGGUGUACUACCAUAAGUUUCGGCUGCUGCAUGCCGACCACGAAUACAGUUGGGUGGAUGCGGCGGCCGCGGCGCUGUUCACGGCGUGCAAGAUUGAGGAUACUCUGAAGAAGAGUAGGGAGAUUCUGUGUGCGAGCUGGAAUCUGAAGGUGCCGGCUGGGGAUGCGUUGAGUCCUGAUGAUCCCCGAUUCGAGAAUCAUUCCAAAACCAUCAUCGGCCUGGAGCGGCUCAUGCUGGAAUCGGCGGGCUUCGACUUCCGAAACCGGUAUCCGCAGAAGCUGCUCGUGAAGCUGGCGAAAGAAUGUGGGCUAGAGAGGGAUCAGGCUGGCAAGACGGCUUUCAAUAUGAGCCUGGAUCUGUACCGCACAUUCGCACCGCUGAAGCAAACGACGUCGACCAUGGCAAUUGCGUGCGUCGAGUUGGCGGCCCGGUUGUGGGAGAUGGAUCUCACCAGCAUCGUGGGUCACAAGGGCAUUAAUUUGGAGAAAUGGGGGACCAGCAGGGCCGAAGUUAUGGAGACUCUCCUCGACCUUCUAGAUCUCUACACCCACCACCGCCCCUCUACCUCCAUCGGCCCCCUAUAUGCUCUCGAGACCUUCAUCAACAUCCGCAUCACGCUAAACCAGGAAGCCAAGAGUGCCAACCUCCCACGUUACACCGGAACCUCCUCGUCUCCCAAAUCCCCACUCGCAAACGCCACCAACGGCACCAGACCGCGCAACGGCAUCGCGCCCACCAGUCCGCCCACCCCGCUGACGCCCGGCACAAUUUCCCCUGGCCAACCGACAGCGCCAACGUCGGCCAUUGGGGUACGGGGUCAAAGUGGCACAGUGCGGUUUAUGCUGGAUGCAGCACGCGCGAAGAACGAACGCAUUGAAGUGGAGAAGUAUCAUAAGGUUGAGGUGGAAGAGUAUGAAGUCGAAGUGGCAGUGGAACCGGAUCGGAGACAACGCGUGCGUUGA